CCUACGUAAAUAUAAUGAUAGAGGACAACAAAAUAUCACUGGUUCCAGAAAAGAAUAUUUCAAUGAUAACUUUUAAAAAAAAUCAGAAAGAAGAGAAUAAACAAACUAAACAAAAAACAGUUAAAAAUGAAAGUCUUAGUGAUCAAGAUGAAUUGUCUAAAGGAAAAUAUGGUCAUAUUAAAAUGAUACAGAGUAAUCAGACUUAUAAAGAACGGAAAUUUGUGUGCAUUCAGGAUCUAAAUACAGAUUAUUUAGAUAAAAUUGUAUGGAUUAGAGGUAGAUUACAUACAAGUCGAGCUAAAGGAAAACAAUGUUUUAUUGUUAUACGACAGCAAUUUCAUUCUAUUCAAGGUUUAGUUGCUGUCAAUGAAAAAGUCAGUAAAAAAAUGGUGAAAUUUAUAUCAACUGUUACGAAAGAAUCUAUAAUUGAUAUUGAAGCAAAAGUUCAAAAGGUUACAAAUCCUAUAGAAUCAUGUACUCAAAAAUAUGUGGAAAUACAUAUAAUACAAUUUUUUGUUGUAAGUGCAUCUGAGGCACAAUUACCAUUACAAAUUGAAGAUGCUGCUAGAUCUAUUAACAAUAAUGAUCCUACGAAUUUAAAUAUUAAAGUAAAUCAAGAUACAAGAUUAGAUAAUAGAAUUUUAGAUCUUAGAACGUUUACAAAUCAAGCAAUUUUUAAACUUGAAGCAGGUGUUUGCAAAUUAUUCAGAGAUAUUUUAACAAAUAAAGGAUUUGUUGAAAUUCAUACUCCAAAAAUUAUAUCUGCAGCUAGUGAAGGUGGUGCAAAUGUUUUCACUGUAUCUUAUUUUAAAAAUUCUGCAUAUCUGGCACAAUCACCACAGCUUUAUAAGCAAAUGGCAAUUGCUGCUGAUUUUGAAAAAGUUUUCACUGUUGGAGCUGUGUUCAGAGCUGAAGAUUCUAAUACACAUAGGCAUUUAACAGAAUUUGUAGGCUUGGAUUUAGAAAUGUCUUUUAAAUAUCAUUAUCAUGAAGUAAUGAACACUAUUGGACAAUUAUUUACAGAUCUAUUUAAAGGUCUCCAACAAUUUUAUAAUAUUGAAAUUAAGAUUAUCAAUCAGCAAUAUAAAGUUGAACCUUUCAAAUUCCUAGAUCCUCCAAUAAAACUUGAAUUUUCACAGGCUAUUAUGCUAUUAAGGGAAGCUGGUAUAGUAAUGGAAGACGAAGAUGAUUUAUCUACAUCUAAUGAAAAAUUAUUGGGUAAAAUUAUUAAAGCAAAAUAUGACACAGAUUUUUAUAUUUUGGAUAAAUAUCCUUUAGCUGUCAGACCAUUUUAUACAAUGCCAGAUUCUACAAAUCCAAAAGCAUCUAAUUCUUAUGACAUGUUCAUGCGUGGAGAAGAAAUUAUAUCUGGAGCACAAAGAAUUCAUGAUCCUGAUUUUUUAACAGAAAGAGCAAAGCAACAUGGUAUAGAUAUAAAUAAAAUCAAAGCAUAUAUUGAUGCUUUCAGAUAUGGUUGUCCACCCCAUGCAGGUGGAGGAAUCGGAAUGGAACGAGUUGUAAUGUUAUACCUUGGUUUAGAUAAUAUUCGAAAAGUUUCUAUGUUUCCUCGUGACCCAAAGCGAAUUACACCUUAAAAAAUGUGAAAAAAUUACUUUUAUACUUAUAUAUGAAUG